CCGACGCCAAGAUCCUCGCAUACUAUGGUGCGCGAUUAGUACGUACCCUCGGACCUAGAAAGAAUCCGUGGGGGAGUCUUCUAGCCAAGCCCGAACCGUGCAAGGUGUAUGGAUUCUAUUCUGUGAAUGGCUGGGUGGCUGGAGCAUUCCGUUAACGUAUAAUGCGUACGCCAAUGUUCAAAUCACGCCGCAAAGAUGAAACUUCUGAAUGUACGCAGAAAAGGUACGGGAGAUCGCUUUUCGCACAGAUUUUACAUAAACUUUGCGGGUUCCCAAAAUUCAUCGAUUAUCUCAGGCAGGUAAUAAAGGUUUUGGAUCUUUCAAAAUACGAAGUUUGCCUUAUUCCAGAAGAGCGUUUUCAAGACGGAUCAUUUGCCGUGUGGAUCAUUUCGGAGGAAUACUAUGAGAAAUCGCCCAUCUUUGCCCUCAGGUUGGCCGUUACCAGAGCUGGUCGGAACACGUUCUUGGCGGUGUUCGGAUCUAUUUCACAUGACUAUAGCCAAUUAUUCGUGCUUUCACAGGCGUCGGAAUGCCUUUGCAACAUACGCGCAGAAUUGUCUUCGUAGCGAUCAAGACCAUAUAGGCGAAGGUAAUCGUUAGAGUAUACGAGCGAUGCUCUCAUCAGAGUUGCUGUUCCAUGAUGAAAAGAUGAUUCUUUAGCGCGUUCUUGAUGCUUCUACGGCGGCUAUAGAACGGCACCAACAUCUUUAGGUAUCGCGGGUUGAUCUUCGAGAUUCAAUUUCGGCUCAGGGA